UGGCCAGUCAUCAACCAGGCUCGUGGUAAGCAUUCAGGGCCUCUACGACCAAUCUACGUGCGUAUCAAGGGCAAUGGACCAUUCGCUGACGAAGGUGAAAAAAUCAACUUUGCGCUGGGCUCACCACCGCCUAGGAAAUUGCUGUUCCGGAGGCCGUCUGAGAUACCACUGUUCGCCAUCUCGCCACCAGAACAUCCAAACAGUCUGCGCAUCUUGCCCUUGAGAGUCAAUCUGACUGCUGACGCCGUCUACAAAGUAGCGGAAGUUGAUCUCGAUUUCAUCGCACGCAAGUAG